AAUCAAAUGAGAACCACGUUAUUUCUCAAUAAAAUAAAAUAAAAUAAAUUAGAAUGCAACAGAUCCACAAGAAUCUCAAUCUGGUCCUCUAGGGUAAGUUUACGUACACAAAGCAAAUCCCACGAAAACCAAAGCAAUCAAACUGGCAUCAAUGUCAGAGCCCCCAAAAACUAGAGCAGUCAUCUGCGUGGGCGACAUCCACGGCUUCAUAACAAAGCUCCAAAGCCUCUGGAAGAACCUCGAAGGCAGCCUCGACCGAUCCGAAUUCGAAACCGCAACCCUAAUCUUCCUCGGCGACUACUGCGACCGAGGGCCCGCCACCCGCCAAGUCAUCGACUUCCUGAUCUCCUUACCCUCGCGUUACCCGCGGCAGAAGCACGUGUUCCUCUGCGGCAACCACGACUUGGCCUUCGCGGCCUUCCUCCGCCUCCUCCCGGCGCCGGCGGAUGGGUGUGGGUUCUCGGAGGGGUGGAGGGAAUACGAGGCGAGCGAGGAGCGCGAAGGGUGGUUCAAGGGGGAAGGGUACGAGGACAUGCACCUGCAAGGGAGGAGGUGGAGUGGGAAGAUAAAGGUGAAGUUUAACACGGUUAAGGGGACGGAGUAUCAGGGCUCCAUUUAUGACGCUGGACCAACCUUUGAGUCCUAUGGAGUUCCCCAUGGCUCCGCCGAUUUGGUUAAGGCUGUUCCUGAUGAUCACAAGAAAUUUCUUGCUGAUUUGGUUUGGGUCCAUGAAGAGGACGAUGUCUUUGUGAACACUGAUGAUGGAGUUAAAUGCUGCAAAUUGAUUGCUGUUCAUGCUGGUUUGGAGAAAGGAAAAGAUGUGAAAGAGCAGUUAAAACUUUUGAAAGCUCGGGAUACUCGGGUGCCUAAGGUGGAGGCUCUAAGUGGGAGAAAGAGUGUUUGGGAUAUUCCAGAGGAACUAACUGCAAGUCCAGCCAUUGUUGUUAGUGGUCACCACGCGAAACUCCAUGUAGAAGGCUUAAGGCUGAUCAUUGAUGAAGGUGGUGGAUAUAAAGAUAGACCAGUGGCUGCAAUUAUUCUUCCUUCAAUGAAGAUUAUUCGUGAUACAGAUGAAUUAGCAAAAUAGUUUCAUAUUUGUGAUAUUUUUUGCUUUUAUACGGCGUAGUCAAGCUGUUCAGCUUUUAGAUCUCAUGAGCUCAUAGAGAUGAGAUAUUGCGUGUUGUUGAUCUGAAACACGAGAUACAUUUAGAUGGCUUAUCCUCUUGUUCUGAUUUUUAAUGAAGCUCUGAACUAUUCCUUUCAUCAACGCUAUGGAUCUGAGUCUUUCGCCUUUGAAAUGACAAGUGCAAUGUCAAUGACUUAUUUAUUUAUGAACUA